AUGAAGAGAUGCCUGGGUCGUCUCGGUCUCCGAGACCCCUCACCAGAUCCCGAUGAAAGCCAUUUAAACAGUCGAACUGAUGGAGCCACACAUGGAGGACUCAAUACGUUACAUGACAACACUUCUCAUCACUCUCACUCCGAUCCAGAGGCGCCAUCGAUUAGCGUGGAAAGUCGGGAAGAUGAAUCAACCCGAUUAAGUCGAAGGAGCUCCGUUUUGAAUGACUUGAUGGCACUAUUCCGAAGAUCCUCCAGUUUCCAUAUUAAAGCUCAUCGCAUCAAAGGGAGCACUGAUGAUAUGGAUGAAGACGAAGAGGAAGAAGAUAAUCGGAACUUUACAAAGGACAAAAUAUUGGAAGCAAUCCGUUACAAGAAGGAGAUCAUCAGCAAUCUGAAGAAGCAGAACUGGAAUAUGAAGCGAAAGAGACGGACGUUGAUAGUCGCUAGACGACACUUGCAACGACAAGAGGCGAAAGUCUCGCGGAUACAGCUCUGGAAAUCGGAGCUCGGUCGCCGCUUCACACAGUUGAGUCGAUGGACGAACAAUUUGAAAAUAUAUCUGAUCCCCUGGGAAGCGAAGAUAAAAAGAAUUGAAAGCCAUUAUGGAUCGGUGGUUUCCUCGUAUUUCACGUAUCUUCGAUGGAUUCUCGGCAUCAACGUGAUGAUGUCACUGAUAAUGGCACUUUUUGUGAUCAUUCCUGAGUGGCUAGCCGAUGCGCGGGCUCCAAUUGGCAGCGCUCGAUACAACAAAACAAUGCAUUUAAAGGUGAUGCCGGAGGAUGUGCGCGAGCGCGCUGACGAGCUGAUGACCAUUUGGGACUUCGGGGGUCAUUUCCAAUAUUCACUUCUUUUUUACGGGUUUUAUUCAAAAGAGACAUACUUUGGAGACACCGUUCAAUACCGGGUCCCCGUCGCCUAUUUUCUCGUCAAUUUGCUCAUCCUCGCCUACUCGUUUUUCAUCAUACUACGGAAAAUGGCCGCUAAUUCUCGAACGAGUAAGCUGUCAUCUGGAAAAACCGAACAGUAUGUGUUCAAUUGGAAAAGCAUGACUGGAUGGGAUUACACGAUUGGAAACGCGGAGACAGCUGGCAAUGUACACAUGGCAAAUGUGAUCAAGUUUCGGGAAGCAAUCGCCGAAUUCAACGUCAAACUGAAAAACAAAGCUCAUUUUCUGCAAAUCAUGCAACGAAUACUGGCAAAUUUGUUGAUUCUUUGCCUUUUGGUCUUCUCAGGAUGGGCGAUUUGGUGGACGGGAAAUAUCGAACCGAAAGACACAUUCAUUAAACAAAACGCGGUGCCCAUUGUAGUGUCAUUCAUCACUCUGAUCUUCCCAAACAUUUUCGAAAUCAUCGGCAAAAUGGAGAAACUUCACCCGAGGACGGCUUUGCGAUUUCAACUUGUCAGAGUCUCUGCUUUAUACAUCAUCAACUUUUACACCUUCUUCUUGUCCCUUUUCCAAUUGUUGAACAAAAUCGACGCCGACCGGAGGGAAUUGAGGGACAAAUACAAGGCAGAACAGGCUCGCUAUGAUGUCAGCCAUUCAAGAUCUCUGCGUCAACUACUCGGUGUGAGCGAUACAACAACCACUCCACUACCGCCAUCACCAUGGACUACAGUUUUCUCUGAUUUCGGUCCCUUUGGUGUGCAAAAUCCUCGAGCUGCUAUGUCGCAUCCGGGACAAUUGGCCAAUCAAAAUGUGACGGUUUUCAUUUCACAGGUCCUUGGCCCAAAUCUCAACUUCAACGCUUCCGCACCGAUCAAAUUGAACUACACCGAUCAUUUCUCGACUUUCGCUCAGACAACCGUUCCCGCAUUCCUCCAAAGUCAAAUGGAAGAUUUGUGCUGGGAAACGAAAAUUGGACAAGAAAUCACAAAAGUGGUGACAAUGGACUUACUAAUGACACUGCUUGCUAUUCUCGUAAUCGAUUUUUUCCGUGGUCUCUUCAUUCGAUACACGAACACUUGGUGGUGUUGGAAUCUCGAGAAAACUUUCCCAGAAUACGGAGAGUUCAAAGUGGCCGAGAAUGUACUUCACCUUGUCAACAAUCAGGGAAUGAUCUGGAUGGGACUUUUCUUUGUACCAAUGCUGCCAUUCAUCAACAAUAUCAAGCUAAUCAUUUUGAUGUACAUUCGAGCGUGGGCCUGUAUGACAUGCAAUGUACCAGCAAGGCAGAUAUUCCGAGCAUCUAGAUCUUCGAAUUUCUAUUUAUUCCUUCUGCUGGUCAUGCUAUUCAUUUGCACGGUACCAGUUGGAUAUGUAAUUGCCUCAAAGCAACCGUCGAAGAAUUGUGGACCUUUCAAAGAAUCCAAACACUUCUACAGCGUGAUUCUCGAUGUGCUGAAUGACAACUUACCGCAUAAUGUUGUUGAAGCAAUCCAGUACAUGUCCUCUCCAGGCAUCAUCAUACCAAUUCUACUUCUGUUAUUAUUGAUCAUUUACUUUUUAUUCGCUUUGGUCAGAGGAUUGAAAGAAGCGAAUCAGGAUCUAACAAAGCAGCUUACACAGGAAAGAACAGAAGAAAAGAAGAAAAUCUUCGAAUUGGCUGGCGGGAAGAAACAACGGGAUAAAAUGUUAGAGAGACGAAAGAAGAAUUUGGAGAAGAAAAAUAAUACGACGACAGCGAAGCAGUACAGCUCGGACGAAGAAUCUCAUCGUAUCUCAAAGAUGUCCUCGACUUCAGGAAGACCAUUUGUGCCGUCAUUGGGAAGCGUUUCUGAGGUUGACGGCACUGAUGGAGAAGAUGAGUUCGAGAAAGAAGAGCAACGCGAGGAAAUGGCCGCCCAACACACAGUGAAGCUCACUUGGAAACAGACAUUCCUUGUCUGUAUUGGAUUGGCCGAUCGGAGAGAUUAUGGUCCGAAAGAAGAUGAAGAACACGAUGAAGAUGUGGAGAAGAGAAACUCGGAAAAUUCUUUCUACACAACCCAUGAAGAAGAAGAGGAACAAGAGAUUGAAACUGAUGGUGAGCUUAGAAACCUUUUACAUCCGGAAAGAUACGUGCAUAAUGGAAGAGUUCGCUCCGGUGGCACGCAGACGCACUCAGCUUCGAGAUCUCCCAAGCCGUCUCGAUCGCCGAGAUCUUCAAGAUCGCCAGGACUGCUUGUGACGCAAAGAGAUGACGAUGAUGAUGUCAGUGCCCGAGACGAGUCUUUCCAAACAGCUUCCAGAGGCUCCUCUAAUCGCUUGCAUCCAAAUGAUGGAUCUGAUACAAGCUCGACCCCUCGUUCUGGCUCAAAUCGGGAUAUCAUGACGCCGAUUGCCGAGAUCUCCGAUUCUUAUAAAGGAUCACCAAAAGUAUCGCCCCAUCCAAGGAUCACAGAGAACCCAGCCUACUACUACAAUCGGUCAUCACGAGAAGAAUUUCCGAGAGAUGACGCUGAGUCGAGAAGCUCCGGUAGCUCAUCAGUCUCCCAAUCGCACUCACUGCCACCAGGUGUUGAGAUUAGAGAAGGAAUGCUUGCUGGUCCGUCCUCUCGAACAUCAUCUCGAUCCGAUACCAGCUAUCAAAAAGCAGCUCAUUCGUUGCUAGAGCCAGUACUAGCAAAUGCUAGAAAAAGAAGUGACGAGGAGUACCUGCCUCGUCAACCCGACUUCUACAGUUUUGACGAACCGUCACCGGCUCGAGAACGAAUGCAAACACCAUUGGUUCAAUUGUAUGCAAAUCCGCAUAACAGCUACACAUCGGCUAUGAUGAGUCCAAUUAUGGCUGAUUACUCUUUACUUGGUGGAGUGACCACAGAAGAUAGUGAAUCGAAUGAUGAGCACACGCAUUUACUCCCAAUGACAACAAGCAGUGGCAGCUCUGGAAAGAAUCGAAUGAAGACAUCGACCUCGUCCGGCAUGAGACCGCCAAGAUUCCGUAUCUCGACAUCGCCUCCGAGAAAGCGCUUGGAAGAGGAUUCCGACAGCUCAGCGCGACGCUUCGAGAUGCGAAUAGACGAGGAGGGUGCAGGGAGAAAGCAGAGUCGAUCCGGUGAAGAGAGACGAACAUCGAGGGGACGAAGUACACAAGAUCGAUCACCGAUGUCACCCGAAAGAAGUCCCGCCACGAGUGGUUCUCCAACAAAACGAAACGUCACUCAUACGAUUGUU